AUGGUUUUAGAAGAAGUGUUCUCUUCUUCCAAAGAGGAUGGAACUGGAGAUGAGGAAGAUACUAAGGGCUCCCCCCUGCCAGAAUCGCAGUUCAGGUUGAAGAGCUUCUAUGCGACUGUCCCUGACCUCUGCACGAAAAGCUGGCCCCCCUUUCUCUCGUUUUUCCUGUGGGGAAAACGGCUGGGGGGGGGAGGCCUGCAGGAAAGUGACAGAGCGACUGUCAGUUUCCCCGCGAGGUCCAUGAAUACGAACACCAUGAUAUUUCUGAUCCUGGGGGCCUCGGUUGUGAUGGCAAUAGCAUGUUUAAUGGACAUGAAUGCUCUCCUUGACCGAUUUCACAAUUAUAUCUUACCGCAUCUGAGAGGGGAAGACCGGGUUUGUCAUUGCAAUUGUGGAAGGCAUCACAUUCAUUAUGUCAUCCCAUACGACGGAGACCAGUCAGUGGUCGAUUCUUCCGAAAACUACUUUGUGACUGACAACGUCACCAAGCAAGAAAUCGAUCUGAUGCUGGGACUCUUAUUGGGAUUCUGUAUAAGCUGGUUUCUCGUGUGGAUGGAUGGAUUGCUCCAUUAUGCUGUACGAGCGUGGCGGACAAGCCGACGGUAUGACAAUUCAUGGUCUUGGUUUCCCAAAUUUUGUAACUUCAAGGAGUUCCGAAAACGCCAUCACAGCCAGUAUGACGAAGCUGCUGGAAACAUGGUGCACAUCAAACAGAAAUUGUAUCAUAAUGGGCACCCCAGCCCAAGACACCUUUAAGGAAAAACGGGACUGAUACGUGGCUUGCUGAACUUGCCUUCUGCUGUCUACCGAGGGGAGAUGUCUUGCUGCUUACUCCCCAGUGGACACUACGUAAAGACUCCCUCUUAGUUCCACCUAUGGUGUGUCUGCCAGGCACCCAGAGAAUGCACAAUUCCCCCCCGUCCUGGAUCCAAGGCUCCCGAGACACUGCACUGUGGUUACCACUUUAUUGGUGGACCUGAACAUAACGAUGGAACGGAACGAACAACACAAUGCAAAAAGAGCGAGAGAGAAAAUUUACAUUACACUUUUCAGCCCUCGCUUCUUUUGGUGAUGAUAGCAAUGGCAGUAUAUUUUUUCGUUGGUUUUCUUUGUUGGUUUGGAAGUUUUGUUUGUUGUCGUCCCUGGUCUUUGUAGAUGGAUUUGGCCAGAUGUUGCCAUGUUUAGCAUUCAAGAACUUCUGAAUCUCUGUUUCCAAUUGUAUCUGACCCCUCAGUCCACUUGAUCCCCCCCUCCCCAAGGUUUUUCCUUGUGCUCGGAUAUCUCACUUCCAAUGUAGAGUUGGUUUUGAUUUUAUAUGACCUGGUAACUACAAUGCAUAAUCCUUCAGUGACCCACUUCAGUUGCUUUUGAGUUGAGGAAUCGUGUUGAGGAACUCCUCCAGUGUCCACUCCUGCUUUGCUUUUUUUUUCCUGAUUCAUAAACUAGGGAGAUCUUUCUUCCAACCUGCCUGAAGAAACAGGUAGCUCUAUACUGACAUGCAAAACUAGCAACCACCAGGCUGAAUGUAUUCCUCUGUGGGUUGGAGUGGACUGUCUUCCAAGAAACACCAACCAAAAAUAUCUACCCUGAGAUGUUUG